UCCUCUCCUCAGUUUUAUGGGUCACUUUUUAUGGAAAGGAAAAAUACAGAAAUUAAUUAUCACCCUGUCGUACAUCGUAGCAAAGUAAAUUUAAAGACUUUCAACUCGAUUGACCGCAGUUUAUAUAGGUCUUGUGCGUGUAUUGGUAAUCCCUACCAAAAAACCCCUUAGAAAAAUACAGACCAACAUCAACAACAGAAGCAGCAUGAUGGCGGAGGAUAUGUCGCUGAGGGACUGCGAAGCUUACGUCGCUCGUCACGAUAUUCAAGGCCUUCUCAAAGACUGUAUAGUCCAGCUGUGUGUUCAGAAGCCAGACAAUCCUGUCAAGUUCCUCAGAGAGUACUUUCAACGGCUAGAAAAGGAGCAGUCAGUACGCCGCGAAAUGCCGGACCAGUCGCCAGAAGACACAGAGGAUAUGUCUCCGCUCCCAAGAGGAAAGCCUAGUCGACGUGGUGGAAUCUCCGCAGAGCCGGUCACGGAGGAGGAUGCUACCUCAUAUGUAAAAAAGGUGGUUCCAAAAGAUUACAAGACAAUGGCAUCCCUUCAAAAGGCGAUUGGGAAAAAUGUGCUGUUUUCUCAUCUGGAUGAGGCUGAAAGGUCAGACGUUUUCGAUGCCAUGUUCCAGCAAACGUUUCUCGCUGGCGAGACGAUCAUUAAAGAAGGGGACGAAGGCAACUAUUUCUACGUCAUUGAUUCUGGUGAAGUUGAGGUGAGCAAAGAGGGCAAGUUUCUGACGAGCAUUGGGGAUGGUGGAUCAUUUGGAGAAUUGGCGCUGAUUUACGGAACUCCAAGAGCUGCCACGGUCAAGGCUAAGUCGGAUGUAAAGUUGUGGAACAUCGACAGAGAUUCAUACCGUCGCAUUCUCAUGGGAUCAACUAUCCGCAAAAGGAAAAUGUAUCAGGAACUGUUGAGCAAAGUUUCAAUUUUGGAGAACUUGGAUGAAUGGGAACGAAUGACGGUGGCAGAUGCUCUGGAGCCCGUGUGCUUUCAAUCUGGGCAAACAAUUGUAAAACAGGGUGAACCCGGUGACGAAUUUUACAUCAUUGUCGAGGGAUCUGCCAUUGUGACACAAACCAUUGACAAUGCAGAAGUCAAGGUCGGGGAACUCGAAAAAUCGGACUAUUUUGGCGAAAUUGCUCUCCUCCUUGAUCGACCUCGUGCAGCCACCGUGACCGUUGGACCACAGGGUCUUUUAAAAUGUGUCAAGUUGGACCGAGCUCGUUUCGAACGUGUGCUUGGCCCUUGUGCCGACAUUUUGAAACGAAACAUUCAACGCUAUCACUCGUACGUCAGUCUCAGCGUGUAAAAAAGAAACAAACGAAAAAAAUCAACUUUUCCAACUCAAAAAACCAAAAGAAACAAAUCAAUUAAUUCUACAUACCAGAGAACAAAACAACCUAAUCAAUCAACCAAAAAUUAGCGUUAUUAUAAAUGAAAAAUCACCAAACUGGAACAAUCAAAUUGUACGUACUACUUCUACGUUAUGUGACACAUUUUGUAACAACAACUUGUACAUAUGCAUGUACGCAGCCAAAUAUGAAACAAUUUUGUCUUGGAAGAAAAUGUAAAUGUUGUCUCUCGUUCGUUUUGUAAGCAAACAAUCCUUUCGUCCGUCGUACUAUUUGUUAUGUGUUUGAAGAACUUACAAAUACUUUGUUCUUUUGCUAAUUUAAUUAUACAUAAUCUGUAAACUAUGAAUGCAUUUUCGUCAGUGAUUGAGUUUAGACGGGUAAUGAAGCGAAUGAAAAUUAUAGAUCUUGUUAUUCUAAUAUGAUAAUAAUAAGUUGAUACUACUAAGUUGUGGACGUGUUACAUGUAGGAACUACAGAUGUGUUGUUCUAUAAUUCAAUCUGUACAAAUAGCCUAGUAGAACAUAGAGAAUAAUCAACGUGGUUGCCCAUCUGAGGCAUGAUUGCAAACUUUGUACUCUGAGACUCUUCUACUCAUGUAUGUGACAUGUCACAGCUAUUGUUAUCUAUAUUCGAUCCACCCUUGGGAUGAGAGUGCGUGAGCUGAGCAUAGGCAUUGGUAUAUACAGAAUGAUGCGGACUAAAUAGAGUACCAAAGUUUGAAAUGCAUAAUAUACUUUCGCUGCAAAUUAACCCUAUUUAACCUUGUAGACUAGGUAAAACUAAUCUGCUGGUCAGAUUUAGUAAAUGAACUAGUUUGUAGUACUUACCUCCUUUAGCACUAUUACCCUAAUUGCAGUGAAACUAAUAGAACAAAAGAUAAUGUUAAUCCAAAUAAUGAGUGUGUCGUGUAGCACUAACAACUCUCUCGCACAUAAAGAUCCGCUUAGCUGGCCAAAAUAGGUCAACUUUAGCGACUUGUACUCCAUCUUUUCUAUAUGCUAAUGACCCCAAAUAAACUUAGUCGCAUCAACUAACAUUGAUAAGCAGUUAAAUGUCAUCUUAUAUUAUAAGUGAUGCUGUGAAAUAAAACUAAAAUUAAAAAUCUA